AUGAUUGGAGAUCAAGAAUUGGGAUUUUUUGCCAAUAUGCUGGGCAUUUUCAUAUUUAUUAUGGUUAUUGCUUACCAUUAUGUGAUGGCUGAUGCGAAAUAUGAAGGCAACUGAAAUUUGGCAUGUUAUUUGCCUGUAUUUUUUUUUUUUUCGAAGAUACUGUAACUUAAAGGAUAUCUAUACCAUGCAAGAUCUGUUAGCUGAGCUAUGGUGGAAGUUUGGCGUAUAAUUUGAUUAUCUUUAAAUGACUACAUAGGAAUGAUUAUGAUCAAA